AUUGGGCAUAGAUUUCCUCCGUGAGAACGUCAACCUGAUUUUUGAGACUUUUUGAAAAAAGUCUUUGUGAACUAAGGAGGGUAGACGUAUCACACCCAACUAUGAAGAUCAGCAUCCUGCUCACGUUUCUUUGGGGAUUAUCCUACGCUCUCCCAGUAGCCAGGUAUCAAAAUAAUGAAUCUGAGAGUUCUGAAGAAUGGAAGGGUCAUUUGACUCAGGCACCAACACCUCCCUUGGCAAAUGAAGACCCCAGUGACAGCACUGAGUCAGAGGAGGGCCUGGGCUCUGAUGAUGAUCAAUACAUUUAUAGGCCAGCUGGUGGCUUCUCCAGGAGCACAGGAAAAGAAGGAGAUGAUAAAGAUGACGAUGAAGAUGACAGUGGAGAUGAUACCUUUGGCGAUGAUGACAGUGGUCCAGGGCCCAAAGACAGACAAGAAGGAGGAAACUCCAGACUGGGAAGUGAUGAGGACUCUGAUGACACCAUACAAUCCAGUGAAGAGGGUGCCCCACAAGGGCAAGACAGUGCCCAGGAUAUCACCAGUGAGAGCAGGGAACUUGACAAUGAGGACCAGGUGGACAGCAGGCCUGAGAGUGACAGUGAAGAGCACUGGGUGGGAGGUGUCAGCGAUGGGGAGAGCAGCCAUGGAGACGGCUCUGAGUUUGACGAUGAGGGAAUGCAGAGUGAUGACCCAGACAGCAUCAGAAGUGAAAGGGGAAACUCCAGGAUGAACAGUCCAGGCAUGAAAUCAAAAGAAUCUGGAGAAAACAGUGAGCAAGCAAACACUCAAGAUUCAGGUGACAGCCAAUUGCUAGAGCAUCCCAGUAGGAAAAUUUUUAGGAAGUCUCGCAUCUCAGAGGAAGAUGAUAGAGGUGAAUUUGAUGACAACAACACAAUGGAAGAAGUCAAGAGUGACUCUACAGAAAACAGCAACUCCAGAGAUGCUGGCCUCGGCCAACCCAGGAGAGACAGCAAGGGUGACUCUCAAGAAGACAGCAAGGAGAAUAUGUCCCAGGAAGACAGCCAAAACGUAGAUAGCCCCAGCAGUGAGUCCAGCCAAGAGGGCAACCUGCCAUCUCAAGAGAACAGCAGUGAGUCUCAGGAAGAGGUGGUGAGUGAGUCCAGAGGAGACAACCCGGACCCCACAACUAGUCAUGUAGAAGACCAGGAAGACAGUGACUCCAGCGAGGAGGACAGCUCGCACACACUCUCCCACUCAAAAAGUGAAUCCAGAGAGGAGCAAGCAGACAGCGAAUCCAGUGAGAGCCUCAGCUUCUCAGAGGAAAGCCCGGAGUCCCCCGAAGAUGAGAACAGCUCCAGCCAGGAGGGCCUGCAGUCUCAUAGCACCUCAGCAGAGAGUCGGAGCGAGGAAAGCCAGUCUGAGGAAGACGACAGUGACUCUCAAGACAGCAGCAGAUCCAAAGAAGAUAGCAACUCCACGGAGAGCGAAUCAAGCAGUGAGGAAGAUGGUCAGUUGAAAAACAUUGAGAUAGAGAGCCGGAAAUUAACAGUUGAUGCCUAUCACAACAAACCCAUUGGGGACCAAGAUGAUAAUGACUGCCAAGAUGGCUAUUAGCAUCAGCUGUCCUAAGAAGCAGCUGUCACAUAAAGGAGUCUUAGGGACUUGAAAGUGUAUCAUGAUAACUAUAAUUUAUUGAUGUGUUGAUCAAAAGAAUAACCAGAUGCCAUUUUUUUCCUGAAAGGAAUUGCUGGACAUUACACUUGUUUCUAGGGUGUCAUCAUUUCAUAGAGGUUUAAAUACUGUGGAGUAACACCAGAACACAUCCAAAGAGGCUAGAAGCAAGAAAGGAUCUGCAUGAUAACUUUGCAGCUGAGAUAGUUCCUAACUCAUCAACCUAACAAAUAAAGCAACUGGGGGUCCAUGAUGUACCAGGCACUGUGCUAGGUGUUGAAAAUGUAAAGCAGGUUAAGACUUGCUUCUUGCUCCUAGGAACUUAUAGAAGGAUCCACAAAGCUACAGAGUUAAAGAGGGAUAUGUAUAAGAGAAACAAGAAUUGUUACAACCCAGUAUGGUGAGUGCCAAAACAGAGUUAUGAACACGAUAUCUAUCUGGAAGCACUGAGAAGGGUGACCAAUGUGUUGGAGAACGAGGGAGGGCUUCACAGCAGAAGACAUUGGAGUUGGAAGGUUGCACAGGGUUUCCUCGUUGGAGACUGGGGAAUUCUAUUCUUAGGAUAAAUAAUAGUAAAUUCUAUAGGAUUAAAUACUUAGUUUGCAAAAGCACUUUG